AAUUGUCCUUUUUCUUUUUUUAAUCAUGUGAGUGUGCAUCUAGAUAUUUUAUUUUUAGAAUGUCCACUGAUGUUUGGAGGUUUUGGUUUCAGAAACUUAGUGUUUGGUAUCAGCUCCCAAAUGGCCAGUGGGAUACUGGAACGAUAAAAUCUACCUCAGGGGAGGAAUCAUAUAUCUCCCUUGUGAAUGGAAAUGUUAUUAAAGUUUCCACGGAAGAUCUCUUUCCUGCAAAUCCACAAAUUCUUGAGGGGGUGGAUGAUCUUUUACAGUUUAGUUUUUUGAAUGAACCAUCAGUCCUUCACAAUCUUAAGUACAGAUACACCAGGGAUAUGAUUUAUAGUAAAGCAGGUCCAGUUUUGAUUGCCAUCAAUCCCUUCAAACACGCCCAACUUUAUGGAAAUGAUUUUGUUACAGCUUAUAGGCAGAAAACUACAGAUAGCCCUCAUGUUUAUGCUGUAGCAGAUACUGCUUACAAUGAGAUGAUGAGUGAUGGAGUAAACCAAUCAAUAAUCAUAAGUGGGGAAAGUGGAUCUGGUAAAACUGAGACAGCAAAGUUCACAAUGCAGUACUUGGCUGCUCUUGGUGGUGCCGGCGGUGGAAUAGAGCAUGAAGUCCUUAAGACAAAUUGUAUACUUGAAGCAUUUGGGAAUGCUAAAACAUCUAGGAAUGACAACUCUAGCCGAUUUGGGAAAGUGAUUGAAAUUCAUUUUAGUUAUCUGGGCAAGAUAUCUGGUGCUAAAAUCCAAACAUUAACUGACUUGGUUUGUAUGUUAAAUGUUGGCUCACCAAUGAAAUCUCCGGAUAGUCUUGCUGGAAAAGUUCAGCUGUCCACUAGUGAAAGGUCAUUCCAUAUCUUUUAUCAACUUUGUGCAGGUGCUCCGCCAUCUCUUAAAGAGAAAUUGGAUCUUAGAACAGCUAAGGAGUACUACUAUCUUAACCAGAGUGACUGCCUGGUGAUUAACGGAGUUGAUGAUGCUAAUAAAUUUAAUAAGCUUAUGGAAGCCUUGGAUAUCAUUCAGAUUUCCAGAGAACAACAAGAGCAUGCAUUUGCUAUGCUUGCUGCAAUAUUAUGGCUGGGAAACAUAUCCUUUCAAGCGAUCGACAAUGAAAAUCACGUGGAGGCCUUGGCUGGUGAAGCUGUUUCCAAUGCUGCCAAGUUGUUGGGUUGUGGUGUUCAUGAGCUGAUUGUAGCUUUAUCUACCCAUAAAAUCUGGGCUGGCAAAGAUGGUGUUGCUAAAAAAUUGACAUUGCAACAGGCAAUUGACACAAGAGAUGCCCUGGCAAAAUUCAUCUAUGCAAGCCUUUUUGAUUGGCUGCUGGAACAAAUCAACAAGUCACUUGAAGUAGGCAAAUGGUGCACUGGCAGAUCCAUAAGCAUCCUUGAUAUUUUUGGGUUUGAAUCAUUUAAGAAGAAUAGCUUUGAGCAGUUCUGCAUAAAUUAUGCAAAUGAGAGGCUGCAGCAACACUUCAACCGACACCUAUUGAAGCUUGAGCAAGAGGAAUAUGAAGUGGAUGGGGUUGAUUGGACAAAAGUUGAAUUUGAAGACAACCAAGAGUGCUUGGAUCUAUUUGAGAAGAGACCUCUAGGGCUACUAUCUUUAUUAGAUGAGGAAUCAAAUUUUCCCAAGGCAACUGAUUUGACCUUUGCCAAUAAGCUUAAGCAGCACUUGAAUGCCAAUCCUUGCUUCAAAGGUGAUAGAGGCAGGGCAUUUGGUGUCCGACAUUAUGCUGGAGAGGUUCUCUAUGACACAAAUGGUUUUCUGGAAAAGAACCGAGAUCCACUGCACUUUGAGUUGGUUCAACUCCUGUCAUCCUCUCAUUGUCAGUUACCACAAUUGUUUGCCUCCAAAAUGCUUAACCAAUCAUCAAAACCAGCAAGUCCAUUGAAUGUUCCAAAACAAAGUGUUGGCACGAAAUUCAAGGGUCAACUCUUCAAACUAAUGCACCAGUUGGAGAAUACUUCACCCCACUUCAUUCGGUGCAUAAAACCAAAUGCCAGGCAGCUCCCUUGCAAGUAUGAAGAUGAUCUUGUCUUACAACAGCUCAGAUGUUGUGGAGUGCUGGAGGUUGUUAGAAUCUCAAGAUGUGGAUAUCCUAGUCGAAUAACACAUCAAGAAUUUGCAGAAAGGUAUGGAUUCCUACUUUCGGAAACCAAUGUAGCGCAAGAUCCACUAAGCAUAGCAGUUGCUGUUCUGCAACAAUUUAAUAUCCUACCUGAAAUGUAUCAAGUUGGCUAUACCAAGCUAUAUCUUCGAACUGGGCAGAUUGGUGCUUUGGAGGAUAAGAGAAAACAAGUUUUGCAGGGCAUAACUGGGGUCCAGAAAUACUUUCGCGGUCAGCAGGCUCACUGUCAUUUCCAUGAACUCAAAGAAGGAGUAAUAAGGAUGCAAUCAUUUAUCCGUGGUGAAAAUAUCAGAAGGAAGUAUGCUAUUGGGACAAAGAGGCAGAGAGCUACUGCACCUCAAUUACUCGAUGAGCAGCUGAUGGCAGUCACAUAUUUACAAUCUGUGAUCCGUGGGUGGUUGGCUCGGAGGCAUUUCAAUGACAUGCGUAAUUUGAAACAGUUAAAUGUUGAAAGUGUAAAUUCUAAGAGAAAGGCAGGCAGGAGAAUUUCAGAAGUGCUGGAUCUACCACAGGAGCAGAAGAUUCAGGUUUUACCUUCUGUUUGGGCUGAGCUUCAGAGGCGAGUUAUCAAGGCAGAGGGAUCUCUGGGACAAAAGGAAGAGGAAAAUAAUGCAUUACGUCAGCAAUUACAACAGUAUGAGACAAGGUGGUUGGAGUACGAUGUGAAGAUGAAGUCGAUGGAGGGCAUGUGGCAAAAGCAAAUGUCAUCGCUGCAGGUGAGCCUUACUGCUGCCAGAAAGAGCCUCAGUGCUGACCUUACUUCUGGUCAACCAGGAAGAACUGAUGGUUAUGCUUCACCUUAUGAUUCUGAGGGGGCAACAUCCUUGGAAUCUCGAACUCCUGGUGGCAGUACCCCAAUUAAAGUUGCAAGUAAUGUUCCUGAUGCUCUGCCAGAUAGAGAGACCAAUGGCAGUUUGGCUGCAGUAAGCAAUCUGGCAAAGGAAUUUGACCAGCAGAGACAAGCUUUCGAACGUGAUGCCAAACCUUUCACAGAGGGCAAAACUGUGCAGCAAUCUUCUCAUACAAAUUCUAAGGAAGAACUUCGGAGUUUAAAACUCAAGUUCGAGGCUUGGAAGAAAGAUUACAAGACAAGAUUAAGGGAGGCAAAGGCAAGGCUUCAUAAACUCAGGCAUUCAGAAGGUCAUCGGAAAUGGUGGGGGAAGUUAAGAACAAGAGUAUCAUAGUGUCUACAUUAAUCAAAGAUCGUGAUAUUUUUAGGCCAAUGAAGAUUCAAUCACCCAAGGAAUUCAGGGGAAAUAUUGUUGCCCAAAUGUUGUCUGUUCCCGUUCUCUGAUGCUGUGGCAACAAUGAUGGGACGUUCCAGAGUACUAGGACAGUGAGCGGAAAGAUUGUCUCAACCAACAUUUUGGUUGGACUUUGGGACAAUGGGACGAUUGAUCAUGUGCAUAGAAUUUCUUAAGACGUGGAGCUAUGUUUUUCUCCACUGAAUAGUUUAGCUUAGCUUAGCUUAGCCUAGCUUGUUUGUGAAUAUGCUGUUCUCGAUGAACGUAAUCAAGCUUUGUAGUAUUAUCCAUACAAAUUGGAAAGCAAAUGCUCAUAUGCCUUGGCCUAUGUUAGUAAUACAAUUAUCUUUUGAGG